AUGAAGAAUAUGGUAAGUAGAUAAAGUUAUUCAUAAUCAAUCUUCAUCUUAAUAAUAUUAUUAAAAACAUAUCACCCGGGCAGUUAUUAAAUUAUUUCAUAUAGUAAACAUUUUUUUUCUCUAAAUUUACUUGACAUCGUUUAUUUACAUAAAAUUACCAGUAUUAUAUAGAAUAAUGUACUUUUUAAUAUUUACUAUAUUGAUCUAUUUAUAUUGUAUUAAAAAUGUUCGUUAAGGUACAAUAAAGAGGAUAGCUAAAAUUCUAAGGCCAUGUGUAUGCAACACUCAGGACAACAAGUUUUCCAUAAAGAAGAGCUGUCAGUAUUCACCUGGAUAUAAUCCAUCAUCAAUACGGAGUCCUAGAGGAUAUAUUUUAGUAAUAUUUUGUUUUAAUUACCCACCUAUUUAUAUGUUUAGAGUAAAAUAUAAUUUGUACAUUUUUGUGUUUUUUAGAGCAUUGAUGACGGAAAUAUAAAUGAAGAAUCUGGUAAAUAUUUAAAUUUAUUUAUAAUCAAGUCUUCAUCUCAUUAAUAUUAUUACAAAUAUAUGUUUUAUUUAUCAUCCCGGCAAUAAUUAAAAAAAUUUCAUAUAGUAAACAUCUUUUUUCUAUAAGUUUACUAGGUACUGUUUAUUUAUGUANUUUUGUUUUUUUAAUACCCGCCUGUUUAUAUGUUUAGAGUAAAAUAUAAUUUGUACAUUUUUGUGAUUUUUAGAACACUGAUGACGGAAAUAUAAAUGAAGAAUCUGGUAAGUAGAUAAAUUUAUUCACAGUCAAGCCCUUAUCGUAGUAAUAUUAUUAUUUAUUACAAAUAUAUGUUUUAGUUAUCAUACCGGCAACUAUUAAAAUAGUUCAUAAAGUAAACAUUUUUUUUCUCUAAAUUUACAAGGCACCGUUUAUUUAUAUAAAAGUACCCGUAUUGUAUAGAAUCAUGUAGGUUUUAAUAUUUACUUUAUUGAUUUAUUUAUAUUGUAUUUAAAAUGUUUCAUAAGGUACAACACAGAAUAUAACUAACAUUCUAAUGCCAAUUGUAAGUAACACUCAAGACAAAAAGGUUUCCAUAAAGAAGAGCUGUCAAUAUUCACCUGGAUAUAAUCCAUCAUCAAUACGGAGUCCUAGGGGAUAUAUUUUAGUAACAUUUUGUGUUUAAUAACUACCUAUUUAUUUGUUUAGAGUAAAAUAUAAUUUGUAUAUUUUUGUGAUUUUUAGAACACUGAUGACGGAAAUAUAAAUGAAGAAUCUGGUAAAUAUUUCAAUUUAUUUAUAAUCAAGUCUUCAUCUUAUUAAUAUUAUUACAAAUAUACGUUUUAUUUAUCUUCCCGGCAAUAAUUAAAAAAUUUCAUAUAGUAAACAUCUUUUCUCUCUAAAUUUACUAGACACCGUUUAUUUAUAUAAUAGUACCCAUAUUGUAUAGAAUCAUGUAGGUUUUAAUAUUUAUUUUAUUGAUUUAUUUCUAUUGUAUUGAAAAUGUUCCAUAAGGUACAACACAAAAUAUAGCUAACAUUCUAAUGCCAUGUGUAUGUAAUACCCAGGACAAAAAGGAUUCCAUUAGUAAGAUUUGCCAAUCUGCGCCUGGAUAUAAUCCAUCAUCAUUAAGGAGCCCUAAAGGAUAUAUUUUAGUAACAUUUUGUUUUUUUAAUACCCGCCUGUUUAUAUGUUUAGAGUAAAAUAUAAUUUGUACAUUUUUGUGAUUUUUAGAACACUGAUGACGGAAAUAUAAAUGAAGAAUCUGGUAAGUAGAUAAAGUUAUUCAUCAUCAAGCCUCAUCUUAAUAAUAUUAUUAAAAACAUAUCUUCCCGGUAAUUAUUAAAAUAUUUCAUAUAGUAAACAUUUUUUUUCUCUAAAUUUACUAGGUACAGUUUAUUUAUAUAAAAUUACCCGUAUUGUAUAGAAUAAUGUACGUUUUAAUAUUUACUAUAUUGAAGUAUUUAUAUUGUAUUCAAAAUGUUCCAUAAGGUACAAUAAAGAGUACAGCAAAAAUUCUAAUGCCAUGUGUAUGCAACACUCAGGACAAAAGGGUUUCCAUAAAGAAGAGCUGUCAAUAUUCACCUGGAUAUAAUCCAUCAUCAAUACGGAGUUCUAGAGGAUAUAUUUUAGUAAUAUUUUGUUUUUAAUACCUACCUAUUUAUUUGUUUAGAGUAAAAUAUAAUUUGUACAUUUUUGUGAUUUUUAGAACACUGAUGACGGAAGGAUAAAUGAAGAAUCUGGUAAAUAUUUAAAUUUAUUUAUAAUCAAGUCUUCGUCUUAUUAAUAUUAUUACAAAUAUAUGUUUUAUUUAUCAUCCCGGCAAUAAUUAAAAAAAUUUCAUAUAGUAAACAUCUUUUUUCUCUAAAUUUACUAGACACCGUUUAUUUACAUAAAAGUACCCGUAUUUUAUAGAAAAAUGUAGGUUUUAAUAUUUACUAUAUUGAUCUAUUUAUAUUGUAUAAAAAUGUACCAUUAGGUACAAUAAAGAGUACAGACAGUAUUCUAAUGCCAAGUGUAAGCAACACUCAGGACAAAAAGGUUUCCAUAAAGAAGUGCUGUCAAUAUUCACCUGGAUAUAAUUCAUCAUCAAUACGGAGUCCCAGAGGAUAUAUUUUAGUAACAUUUUGUGUUUAAUAACUACCUAUUUAUUUGUUUAGAGUAAAAUUUGUACAUUUUUGUGAUUUUUAGAACACUGAUGACGGAAAUAUAAAUGAAGAAUCUGGUAAGUAGAUAAAGUUAUUCAUCAUCAAGCCUCAUCUUAAUAAUAUUAUUAAAAACAUAUCAUCCCGGUAAUUAUUAAAAAAUUUCAUAUAGCAAACAUCUNUUCUCUCUAAAUUUACUAGACACCGUUUAUUUAUAUAAUAGUACCCAUAUUGUAUAGAAUCAUGUAGGUUUUAAUAUUUACUUUAUUGAUCUAUUUAUGUAGUAUUAAAAAUAUUUCAUUAGGUACAAUACAAAUCGCAGGUCACACGUAUUUUUCAGUGUCAAGUAUUGAAAACAGUCUGUCCAUGUCAGCAGGGGCAGAUGAUGAAGUAAAUACAAGCGUUACACAAUCGUAUGAAUUUAAUACUGCAUCAGUAAGUUAAUAUUAACUUUUUGAUACCUUUGUGGUUAUUUGUCAAGUAAAUGAUAAAUAAAGUACCCACUCAUGAUAUUAAUUGCUUUGACUAUUAAUUUAACUAGGUGUGAACACAUGAGCUCUCUUAAAAAUGUCAAUAUCCCUUUCCUCAAACUUGUUCUGUUUUCUUUUUGAACUGUUGACAUUUAUGAAAUUGAAUAUUUCUCGACCUAAUAUAAAUUAAUGUAUAAUAAUAGGUAAGUACCAAAGUGUUUAUUUCUGAGUAAUUGGGUAAUGGAUAUUGUGUUCUUCUCCUUCGCCAUCAACCCAACUAUUUGUGGUUUGUCACCCUUGUCCUAAACUUCCAUUUGACCCAGUCAUCGUCCUCGCAUAUACCUGCUUCCCUUUUAUCAUUCUCAAUCGCACCCAACCAACCACCUUGUUUUUGAUCUGCCUCUCCCCAUCUUUCUUCCCGCGUUUUUUUUCAUUACAAUUCUUACUGCUCUCGAUUCGUCUAUCCUCACAACGUGUCCAAAUCAUUUCGGUGCAAUAUCACUUAUUUUGAAUUAGAGGCUGCACCCGGGUACCCGGGUUAAGGAGGAUCGAAUCAAUACAACAUGUUUCUUUUAAUAAUAGUGUAUAGAUAUCAUUGAAAUAUUAACUUUAUAUAAUAAUUAAUUAUCGAUUUUAAUAAUUAAAAAUUAUUACGUAUUAUUAAUGUAUUAUUUUGUAGAUUGAAUGAGUGUGAAUGUUAUUAAUGCAGGAGCGAAUGUAGUUAUUUUUUAUUUUUUUGGCGAGGUUCGAAAAUUUUAAAAUAUUCAUAAGUAUCUUUCUUUAUUACUAUAUACAUACACAUAGCAUAUAUGUUAAUUAAUAAUUACAUUAAAAAACAAUAGCUAUGAGUUUUGUUACUUGACUAUUAUAUCAAUGCCCAUUUCGAAAGUCACCUUCAUCAUGUCUCUAAAGAGUGUCUCACGAAGAUAGGUACUGUCAUUUCGAUAUCUUGGAAAGUAUAACCAUUUUCGUAUUUGUUUUUAAGUAAUUUAAUAAUGUGUACCUGUAAGCAACGAUAAACCAUUGCUUAUGAAAAAAAACGAUUCUGAGCAGUUCAGUUGAUAAUGAUGCUUUGCCAACAAUAUAAUACGUAAUUUUAUAGUAAAAUAAUUAAAUAUGCUUUAUAUAUUUUUUUUAAUAAUAUUUGUUUAAUGUUGUACCGAUUUUACCAGUUUUUCUACGUUUUUCCGCUGUUUUUUUUUCGGUUUUUCGUAUUUGAUGAGAAAACCCUUAAAAAAAAUCAAAAAAUAACCUUCCAAAAGUACCUCCCCACAGCGAAUUCCGUUCAGAAAAGUUGCUACACUUAAAAAUCUGAGGAAGUAUUCUGGUAGAAAAGUUGCGCACAGAUAAAAAAUAAACAUCGUUAUAAAACUAUAAACUUUUUCACUCCACUCAGAAUCUAAAACAAGCAGAUCUAAAUUGUUACAUUUCUAUUAUUCUUUGCCACUCUUACCUUGAGGGGGUUACAUUAACUAUCUAGUUUUGAUUUUAAAAUGACAAUCUAUAAUGAAAAUUAUAUAAAUAUAUAUAGUAUUAGUUCAAAUAAAGAUAUAGACAUUUUUGAUUUCUGUUAACCUGUAGACGAGAUAUUUUAAUUUUAAGUUUCGAUUGUUAAAGUGGAGUAUCAUUUGGUUGGUAUUAUGGGCGCGUAGUGUUUUAAUAAUGGUCCACUACUCUUUCCCUGAACAAACAUAAAAGCGAAAUAUCCCGUCAACGGGUUGACGGAUAUUAAAAACGUGAACGUUAGAAUUUAUUCAAAAUAAAACUCCAUAUAUUCGUGUAAUUUUAUCUAAAGGGUGACAUUUGAAAAUCAAAAUCUUUAAUCUCCAAAAAUAAAGGUGACAAAAUAUGUAACGUUUUGCUUGCAGAGCUGCUUGUCUCUUAAAUUGUCAAACAUUUUUUUUUUAAAAGUCAGUCUUUUUUGAAAUAGUGAAUGUUCCCCCGUAUGUUACGUUGUUAGGGGGUUACGCAGGGGGUUACAACGAUAAAAAAUUUACUUUUUAUUUUAUAUUAUUGUAAUAUAGGUAAUAUAACGAUGGCAUAGCGCAUAGAUGUUGUAAGUGCUGUUUUCGUCAUUUCCCUGAACAAUUUUAAAGUUUAUAUUGCUAUAACAAAUCAAAAAUGUAUUUUAUUAACAUGAACUUUGUGUUAUAUUUUUCUUUAACAAAAAAUGAUUAAUUAGGAAUAAAAAUUAUUGUUCUUCUCCCAGACAUAUAUAACAAAAGAAAACUGUACUUUACACAUUUGUACUCGUAAAGAGUAAUGUUUAAACACUUAUAACAUUUUGCUUUUAUCUUUAAUAAAGACCAACUGUAAUAAUGUUAUAAUAUUAUGUCUGCUUUAUAUUCUAUAAUGAAUGAUAUUUGAUAUUUUCAAACCUAAUUUAGCAGUAAAUUAUGACGUGUGGUAACUUCUUGUUAACUUAUCAAAAUAUUAUUAUCAAACAUUUUAUUAUUCAAAUAAUAGGAACUUCAUUCAGUUUCCUCGUCAUCUGAGAAAACUAGUGGUUUAGGUUUCUUAAUAGUGGUCAACUCAUCGUAAAAAUGUUUAUAAUCGUGAGGAAUUAUUUUAAGUUUUUUUUUUCAAUGCUAUUAUAUGUAGUUUUUCCGAAUAUUUAGAACUCAAAAUAAUAGUAUUCCAUUAUAUCUAGCCUUUUUUUUUUCUUGAAACGUCCUUUUUUGAAAUUCAUUAUACAGAGCAAUUGACCAACUUAAUUACCUUUACUUUUUGCAUCAUAAAACAUAAUAAAGACAGUAUUGUUUUACAAGUUUAUCAAGUACCUAUAUUAAAAAUUGAAAAAAAAAAAAAACUAACAAAAUAAAAAUGUGUUCACAAUAUACAAUUCACAAUUUACCAAAAUUUGUCGCUUACAACAUCUGUGCGCUGUGCAAUGGAUAAUAAAUAAUAUUGGAAUAUAAUAAUAACUAAUUAAUAUAUGAUUUAAUAUUUAUAGACUGUGAAGAAAAAUAAUACGGAAAAUUGUUUGAAAAGUAUGUACCUAGAUAGUUCACUAUAUUGUCAUUCAUCAUAAUAGUGAAAAUAAUUAAUGGAACAUCACUAUUAAUGGAGUAAUUAUAAAUAUAUUAUAAUUAUAGGAUUUCAACAAGAAUACAAUGAGCUAAUGAAACAAAGAAAUGAGAUAAUGUCUUCGACUGAAUAUUCAGUAUACCAUACAAUUUCUGAAAUAUCACCACAACCGACGUUCAAUCAAAAUAUUGAACAUGAUCAUGCCGCUCCAAUUUUAUUAAAUGAAUCGAUAAAAACGAAACAGACUGGAAAUGAAUUAAAUUCUAUUGAAACAGUAAACAAAUGGGAAGACGCCGGUAAUAUUACAAUAAAUUAUAAUAAAAUAAUUUGUCUAAGUUUUAAGUAAUUUUAAAUAUUGAAUCGUAAAUAGGUAAUUUAAUUACAGUGUUUUAGACCCCGAGGGAGCGAGGAAUGUAUUGGUUUUACAAUGAUGUUUAUUUUUAUUAUUUUUUUUUUCUGUAGACAACCUUUCCACCAGAAAAUUUGAUUCGACUUUUAAGUAUAGCAUUUCUGAAAUAAAAUCUGACUGACGUGGUACUUUAUGGAAGUCAUUUUUUGAUUUUUUAAAAAAACGGGAAAAAACUGAAAAAUCUACAAAAUUUAUCAUAUUUUCAAAUUUUUGCUUUAUUUUGUUUUGAUUCGGUUAAAAAUAUUUGUGGAGACUUAAUUUUGAACAGAAAACUUAUAUUUGAUUUUUCUAAAUGUGGUAAAAUUUUCAAAACAUUUUGUAGCCAUUUUUGAACUAUUUAUAGACAUUUUAGUUUUACCAGAUUUUUUCACGUAGCUUUUGUUUGGUAGGUGGAUAGAAUUGUCAAACCAAACUCAAAUGCUAGAAAAUUUAAUAGGAGGUUCAUUAAAAGUUGUACUUAGUGGUAAAAAACAAAAAAAUUUAAGUGAAAUGUGAAUUUUUUUAAAGAAUUUCAAUAUCAGUUUGAUGAAAAUCUUUUUAUAAUUUUACUAUCGAAGAAAUUUUAAUAUAAUGCAUAUUUAAUUAUUUUACUAUAAUAUGACACAUAUAUUGUUGACAAAGCAAUACUAUUAACCGAACUCUGUUCAUUAUCGUUUUUUCCUUAUCAAUGGUUAAACUUUGCGUAUAGCUACACUAUAAAUUUCUCAGUAUACCUUCCCAAUUUCUUACCUAUAACCGUGGCCCUGCUAUCAUGCGAAGUAAGUCCGUCCUUUUUGUUAUUAUUAAUUAAAAAAGCUGGAUACUGACUAUAGUAUUAAAAAAAAAAAUCUGAUUUUUUUAUAUUUAUUUGAUAUUAUUUUAACAAUAUUUAAUGCUAUUAAUUCAUGCUGUUGUUUUUUAAGGAAAGAGUAUAAAACUCCUUAGAUUUUGUUUAACUAUGUAAGUCCUUAAUUAAAUUCACCAUAAUAGCAAGGUUUGUAGAUAACAAUUAGGUACUUACCAAUGUUAUAAUAUUAGUAGGUAACUAUGUUAUAAUAAAUAUAUUUAAUGAGCAUUAAAUAUCUAUGUUACCUUAAUUAAAAUUUAAUUUAAAAUAAAUCAAAUUUGUACAUUAAAUUUUAUAUUUUCUAGUUAUUAUAUUAUUUAUUUUCAAUAAUAGGAUUUCAAGAAAAACAUGAUUUAAUAAAAGAAAGAAAUGAAAAAAAACCUGAAUUUAUUGAAAUCAGAUCACCAAAGACCGAUAGUAAAAAAUUUAAUUCAUACGAUUCAUUCUGUUCAUGUGAAUCGAAUUCAUGCUUUUCGGCUGAGUCGUGUAAAUCCCAUUCGUGCUUUUCGGCGGAAUCAUGUAAAUCUAAUUUAUGCUUUUCGGCUGAAUCAUUGCAAUUAAAACAAACUCGCUGUCAGUUGAAUCCUAAAAAGACAGUAAACAUGAUGGAAAUACCAAAUAGCGGUUCAAAUUAUAACUGUAAGUUUAAAUAUUAAGGAUGCAAUUCUGGAGGAAACAGUUUCCGUUUUCAUUAAUUUUACUGAGGCGUUGAAACAGAUCCUGGAUCAGGAUCCACUCAUUAG